ACGGAGCCAGUAACAGAAGAGGUUAGCGCCAGGCAUGAGAAGCAAAGCAAUGGUGCUCCGCGUCUUUUGUGUUCUCGUUGUACUCGCUGUGCCCCUCGUUGUUUGCGAGGAUGACAGCGCAGGAGCCAUCAUGACCAACACUAUAAAGAACAUAAUAUUUUGCAAGAAGGAACACAACGCAACCAGAGAUGAUUAUGACGCCAUCAGGAAGUCCAGGGUUCCACAAACAGAUGAAGGAAAGUGCUUCAUGGCCUGCAUAUUCGAGAAAUUUCAUGUUACGAGAGGUGGGAAGUACUCGGCAGAUUCCUUUGCGAAGGUCGUCAUAGAGCUGUACAAGGACGAGUUGCAGAAGCGCGAGAGGGCACUCGAGAUGGUUCAGGAUUGUGGAAUACAAUUAGCAGACGAAUGGGGCGGUACUGCUGAGAAAUGCUCCUACCCUGCCAAGGUGAUGGAGUGUAUCGCUUCGUACACGUCAAGGAUCCCAAUCGUCAAGGAUUUCCUGAAGUACCAGAAGAGCGUGGAAGCCUGAGUGAGAAGGAUACACGCUGAAUCUCAGAAACAGAAGUUCUGACGGCGAAGGUGAACGGAUGAGCUGCUGAAGCCACUGCAGAAAUCUGAAGGUUGCUUUUUAUUUGUUAUUUGUGACUUCAAUAAAAUACUCAAAAUAUCUUUAAACUGUC